GUCUCUCUUUGGGAUAUAAGAAGACAAAGCCAAUAUUGGAAGGACCUCAGGAGCCCCAGAGAGCUUCAGUAGCUCACCAUGGGCACCAGGAAGCUUGUGCUCCUUGUGCUGAUUUUCAGCAGUUCCACCUUGGCUCAGGAAGAUGGGUCAGAUAGUCUGAAUCCAACCUGCUUAAAAGAUUCAAGUAAAUUCAAGCACCUUAGAAAAUAUGUAUAUAACUACGAAGCCGGAACAUCUACCGGAGUCACCGGAACAGCCGACUCUCAAAGCGGAUCCAAGUUCAACUGCAAGGUAGAACUGGAGGUCCCUCAGCCGUGCAGCUUCAUUCUACGGAUCAAACAGUGCACCCUGCGAGAGGUGUACGGCUUCAGCUCCGAGGGCAAGGCGUUGCUGAAGAAGUCCAAGAAUUCGGAAGAAUUCUCCAGUGCUAUGUCCAAGAACGACGUGAGUUUCAGUAUCUCCUACGGGAAACAGAUCGUUUUAUAUCCGCAAGCGGACGAACCGUUGAGUAUUCUGAACAUCAAGAGAGGCAUCAUUUCAGCGCUCUUAGUUCCAGAAGACGCACAGAAUGAGGAUCCAAUGGACACCGUGUAUGGGAAAUGUUCCAGCGAAGUAGCCGUCUCAACCAGCAAAGGAACGACAGUAGCAGAUGGCACAGUUGUCAGAAAUCUGAAGAACUGCGACCGUUUCACUCCAAUUAGGGAUUAUGUUAGCCCAAUCGCACUUUUCAAAGGAUUGAAUGCCCCAUUAUCCACGCUAAUCAAGAGCAGUCAGUCCUGCCAGUACACCUUGGAAACUAAAAGAAAGCAAGUCACGGAAGUCUCCUGUGCGGAAAGUCACAUUUUCCUCCCCUUCUCUAACAAAGGUCAAUAUGGUAUUACAGCAAAGGUCACACAGUCGCUGAAGCUGGAAGACACUUCUAAGACAAACAACAGAGAGUUUCUAGCAGAUCCAUCUUUGUCAAGAGGCCUGGCCCUAGAGGCUUCUGAUUCCGUUACCGCCAACGAAGACGUCUUGGAAAACUUCGAGGAACUGAAGAAGAUGUCAACGUCCGGGCAAAACCAGCAGAGAGCCGGCCGCUUUUAUAAACUUGUGAGGUCCUUGAGGAGUUUAAACAACGAAACUCUGGGUCCUCUUGUUCCAAAAAUGACAGCUCUAUCAAGCCCGAUUGCGCUGCAAGCUCUGGUCCAGUGUGGUACCGCUGAAUGCUUUGGGGCUAUACUUCAGAUCCUCAGGAGUGGAUAUGUUUCACCGAUGUUGACCGACGCAGUCACAUACAGCCUGGGACUCCUGCCUUCCCCUUGCACCAAGCGAGUUCGGGAACUUCUCAACAUGGCUCAGUAUCAAAAAAGCAGAGCAACUUUUUAUGCUUUAGGCCAUGCCGUCAGCAAUUUCUAUGAAGACACAAACACAGUCACAGAAGACCUGAAGGACGUUGCCGAUUACAUGACAUCACUCAUUGCAAAUGAAUGUAGCGGAGACAAAGAUCAUACAUUCCUUGCCUUGAAGGCCAUUGGCAUUAUGGGUAAAGCCAUGGAGAACGCUAAUGCCGAGAUUAAGUCUUCCCUUUUGCAAUGUGCCAGGAGCCGAUCGCCAUCAGACGAAAUACAGAAGGCUGCAAUCCAAGCAUUCCGAAGGAUGACCAUUACCCGUGAGGUCCAGGAAAGUCUAGUCGGGGUCUUCCAAGACAGUAGUUCUCCAGCACAAAAGAGACUGGCAGCGUAUCUCAUGGUGAUGAAGGACCCUUCGGAAUCCAGCCUCCGCGAAAUCACUAACACCCUGAACACUGAAACCAACGAGCAAGUGAAGAAUUUCGUGGCUUCUCAUAUUGUUAACAUCCUGAAAUCGGAAGCGCCCGAGACUCAACUGCUUAAGGGGAAUUUGGAAGAGCUUCUUAAGGACAUUGGGGUACCCGAGGUUAUUGGGGGCUUCACUAAAUUAUCACGCAACUACCAAAUAUCCAAGAACGUGCACGUUCCAGGAGCAGAUGGCGCUCUGGGCGCCAAACUUGAAGGAAAUGUCAUUUUUGACUCGGGAAGCUACAUGCCCGAGGAAACCAUGCUAGAGGCCACCCUCGAUGUUUUUGGACAGUCUUUUGACAUGUUUGAGGUCAGUAUAGAAGGAAAAGGUUUCCAACCGACGCUGGAUGCACUGUUCGGGAAAGGAGGUUUCUUCCCGGAUUGCACCAUGAAGGCGUUGUACUGGGCGGACGGCAAAGUUCCCGACAAAGUCACUGAGAUUUUGUUCAAGUGGUUUAACGUCCCCCGAGGCAGCAAACCAGACCAGGACUUCACAAAAGCCAUGUUGCCUAUCCUUGAGAAACUGAUAAAGGAUGUCCGAGCAAGCGAUGCCCCCGAAGCAAAGGCGUACCUGGAAAUCCUUGGGAAAGAACUGGGUUACAUCAAACUGAGUGACCUUAAAAUCAUUGAGAACAUCUUCCCGACGACCUUCCAGACCCUACGAGAGCUACCUGCGCGGAUGCUAAAGGCGAUGUCCAGAGGUAUUGAUGAGGAUCUCUUCCUUCACUACAUUUUCUUGGACAAUGAAUUCGACCUUCCCACCGGCUCGGGCCUUCAGCUCCAGGUUUCUCUAUCUGGAACGGUUGCUCCAGGCGCAAAGGCAGGCACAAAGUUUAGCUACAAAAAUGCGAAGGCAGAAUUCAGUCUGAAGCCCGCCAUUUCCCUGGAAUUUGUAACCCAACUGGGAGUGCAGAUUCCUGGGUUCUCUAAGCACGCAGUACAGAUGAACUCCAACCUUUUCCACGAGACAGGAGCCGAGGCCGCAGUUUCGCUGAAGGAUGGCCAAAUUAGGUUUUCAAUUCCAGCUCCCAAAGGACCAACAAAACUCUUCAGCUUUAGCAACAACUUUAACCUGGUGUAUGCAGCGAAGACAGAAGUCAUGGCUUCUAUCGCGGAAAACAGAAACGAGUGGUCAUCUUGCCGACCAUUGCUGACCGGUUUGAAGUAUUGCAUCAACACGGCAUAUUCCAACGCCAGCACUAAAGAUGAAGCCCCAUACUUCCCGCUAACUGGACAGACGAGAUUUGAAUUAGAAAUUCAACCAACUGGAGAUGUUGAGGAGUAUUCCCUGACGGCCAGCUACCGGCUAAACAAGGAUGGACGAGACCUUGUAGACACCCUGGUGUUUUCUGCUCAGGCAGAAGGUGCAAAAUCUUGUGAAGCAACGUGGACCACAAAAUACAACCGCAACAAAAUCACCUUUUCCAGCGAUGUCCAGAUUCCAAAAUCCGCUGUUGACUUUGGUGUCGGUGUAAAAGUCGAUGAUCAGUCUCCAGGAUUAUAUUCCGUCGUCGUUGAUUUCCACAAUCAGCAAAUUUCUGAAGUCACGCUCACCGGAAAGCUAAGCUCUGCCGAGAAUGAAGCCACGUUGAGUGGAGUCCUUUCUAUCCCGCGCUUGCACUCCGAAGCAAAAGCAGAAGCCUCCGUUCAGAACUUACUCAACGUGUUCAAACUUCAGUUACAAUCGUCAGCCAAUAUUUGCGCAUUUUCCGGAUCACAGAAUAUAGUUUUUACAUAUGACAAUGACAAGAUUGAAUUAGAAUGGAGCACCGACUCCAAUUCCAACUUAAAGAAACUGGUUUCCAAGCUGCCUGAUAUUAGAUUUGAAGAUAUGGCCAAUUAUCCCGAGUCCAUGAAGAACUAUGCAAACGACGUGCUGGACUAUAAGGUUCCUCAAACCGACAUGACCCUCAGACACAUUGUAUCUCAGUCAUUUGUGGCUGCCAAUAACUGGCUUCGUACCGCGUCGAAAGAUAUGCCUUACGCAACAACACUUCAUAGUAAAUUGUCAGCUUUAAAAGAGCUAGACUUCCAAGGACUCGGCUUGCCACCUUUCCCAGAGGAAUUAUUCUUAAACAGCGAUGGAAAGAUCAAAUAUCUACUUAAUAAGGAUGGCAUCACCAUAAACAUUCCAUUACCCUUCGGAGGAAAAUCAAGCCAUCAAGUCAUGAUGACAAGUAGCUUAAGAACGCCGUCGGUAGAUAUGCCAUCAGUCCGAUUUCGGUUACCGUCCCAGGAGUUUAAGAUCCCUGCCUUCACCAUCCCAGAACAUUACCAACUGCGGGUUCCUUUAAUCGGAGUUCUAGAGCUCUCCUCUAACAUCAAAAGCAAUUACUACAACUGGUCGGCAUCUUACACCGGUGGGAAUACGUCCAGCGAUGCCACCACUUUCAGUUCCAAAUAUAACAUGGGAGCCAAAUCAGUCUUGGAUAUUCUGUCAUACGACAUUGAUGGUUCGGCACUUAUAUCUUAUGAUCCCGAGCAAAUGUUACGCAUGUCCUAUGAGGGAUCUACUAGUCACAGUCUCCUUGAGUCAAGUAUCAAACUUCACGAGCUGUACAACUUCAGAAGUAACGAGAUGUUUAAAGGAUCCUAUUCUUACACGAUCAGAAGCAUCUUGGGCAUAGAAUCUUCACUAACGUCAUCAAUGAAGUCAACAAAGAACAACAAAAUAGUGAUCACAGAAGGCGACGCAGCAGGGGAGCAUAAACUGGCCUCUCUGUUUCUGAACACUGAUUACAACACAGUCCUCACAUUAGAUACCGAAAGCUUGCAAGCAAAAUCAGAAUCUAAUUUCAAGAUGGAUUCCUCUUACUUAAAGGUGACGAAUAAAAUAAGUGGAAUGGCUCUCCGAGAUGCCUUAACGAUAACCUCAACGACUGACAUGCAAGAUGGGGCUCUGUCCAACACAAUGACAUUAGAUUACAGGAACAAGCAGCUUUCCUUUAAAUCCGAUACAACCGGCAACUACUACAACUUGGUCGCCCUGAACAAAUUUGAAGCCACUCUUUCGAGCAAAAUGGCAGCAAUCCGUUCCGAAUAUCAGGCAGACUACAGGCGACACAGACUGUACACCUUACUUUCCGGAUCGUUGAAUUCCCUUGGGCUUGAAUUGAACGCCGACGCAACUCUCAAUAAUCAGCAAAACCGAGGUGCCCACAAAGCCACCCUGAAACUCAACCAAGAGGGCUUGUCCACCAGUGCAACAACCAAUAUAAAUUUCAGUCCUCUAACACUGGAGAACGAGUUCAACGCUGGAAUCGGGCCAUCAGGAGCUUUAAUGAAAAUGACUGCAAACGGCAGAUACAGAGAAAAUAAUGCAAAAGUAACAGUUUCCGGAAAGGCUGCCCUGACAGAACUUUCCUUUGGUAGUGUGUAUCAAGCAACCCUUCUUGGGCUGGACAGUAAAAACAUCUUGAACUUCAGAAUUAGCAAAGAGGGCCUGAAAUUCUUUAAUAACCUAAUGGGCUCCUAUGACCAAAUUAAACUUGAGAACAGCCAUGAGCUCAACAUUGAGAGGGCCUCCAUACAGUUCACCUCCAAAUUUGACAAUACAUUAAGCUCUGAUAAGUCCUAUAAGCAAAGCUUUGAACUACAGAUGCAACCAUACACCGUGACGGCACUGUUAAACAAUGAAUUCCAGUAUGGCUUACUAGCACUAACAAACAAAGGACAGAUGCAGCUUGAGGGUUUCAAGAUGAAUUUCAAUGGUAAUUUGCAAGGAGCCUACGAUAAAGACGAAGUGAAGCAUUCCUACGCUUUGGCAUUGAAUGGUCUGUCGACAAACCUGAACACGGACACAGUUGCAAAUAUACAAGGCACGGCUCACAGUCACAGAGUCAGUAUGGAGAUUGCUGGUCUUUCGGCAUCAUUUAGCAGCAACUCAAACUGUGAAACCAAAUCCGUGCGUUUCACCAACAGGAUUCAGUCUGUUGUGGCUCCAUUCAGCUUUAAGUUUGAUUCCCAAACUACCGGAGAUGGAAGGCUUCAGAUCCUUGGAGAUCACACCGGUCAACUGUAUAGCAAAGUCCUCUUGAACGCUGAAAUCCUUUCCUUUAAUUUUGUUCAUGACUACAGGGGCUCAACAAGGCAUCUACUGGAUAACGGAAGGAAACACGAAACUUUACUAGAUUAUCAAAUCGCUACAUUGUUUACUCCUUCAGAACAGUUAAGUUCAUGGAAGUUGAAAAGCCACCUGGACCAGAACUCCUAUUCUCACAGUUUCAGAGCCUAUAAUAAUCUCGACACCAUUGGAGUGGAACUGAGUGGGAAAACGGCGGCAGAUAUGUCCGUACUAGAUAGACAGAUCCAACUACCAUUUGCCAUAUUUAAUCCCAUUGAUGCUCUUAACCUGAGAGAUAGUGUCAACACCCCCCAGGAGUUUGGUAUUUCUGGAUAUGUCAAGUAUGACAAGAAUAAGGACAUGCAUGUGAUCAACCUACCGUUUAUGGAAAGCAUGUCAGCUUCUUUUGAAGAAUUCAGAAAUGUUUUACUAACUUCCCUGCAAGCUGUGCAGAAAUACCUGAAGAACAUUGACAUCGACCAGCAUUUGAAGACAUGCAAAGCUACCUUGAGCAAAAUCCCCCAGAAAAUGAACGACUACAUCAACAGUCUGGAUGUAGAAGCAAAGCUUCAGGAGGCCAAAAAAGUAAUACUAUCCCUAACAGAAGAAUAUAAAAUCACAGCGGAAGAGCUUCAAUCUGCCAUAGAAAACUAUUUUAAUCUCAUGCAAGAAAACUUACAGCAGUACAUGACCAGAAUGGAGGGUUAUAUCAACGAUUACACCAGAUGGUUAGAGAGAAGGAUUCACAUACUAGUCCAAAACAUUUUUGAGCAGCUUAAAGCUUUAGACGAAGAGUAUCAAAUCCGUAAGAAGUUUGCCGAUACCAUACAGGACCUCAGGAAAAUUGUAGAAGAGAUGAAUAUCGAUGACUUACAAGACAGUGUAAAAUCCUGGAUUCAGAAUGUUGAUGACAUGUAUCAAAUCAAAAAGAGUUUUGCGAAUUACUUACAGCAAAUCCAAGCCUAUAUCCAGAAAAUAGAUAUUCAGGUAAUCGAGAAAAAGGUAGAAGAGUUCCUAAAAUCUGUCGACUGGAGAAAAUACGCAGAAGAGAUCAGCAAGGCGUUUCCCCUUAAAACCUUUAAAUAUAUCAUUGAACAGGCAGAAAAUGUUGUUGUCACAAUGUUUGAGGAAUAUGAGUUAAGUGAGAAAAUCACUGCUGUUGUAGACAAGCUCCAGGACAUCGUGACAGAGUAUGAAAUAGACAAGAAAAUCCAAAUGCUCAUUGAAAAGUUCCUCCAGUUCCUUAGUCAACAGAAUGUAAGAGAAACAAUACAAAAAGCAGCAGACAUGCUAAAUUCUAUCGACGUAAAAACACAUUUCAACAAAAUACGAUCUUCCGUUGAUGACGCGGUUAAGAAAGUGAAAGAUUAUGACUACAAAAGCCUGAUCGAUGACAUCAACUACUAUCUUGAUGUUGUUAUUAAGAAGAUUAAGUCAUUUAAUUAUGAUAAGUUUGUGGAUGAUGUCAAUGAAUGGAUCAGGGCAGGAACUAAAACAAUAAAUGACCAAAUGAAAGCCCUUGAAUUACCUCAAAAAGCAGAAGCUCUGAAACAAUACUUGGACGAUGUAAGAAAAGUUGCCAAAGAAUAUAUUCAACAGCUAGGAGAAACUAAAUUCUCUGCCGUCAUCCAGUGGUAUCAGGAGAUCAUGAGUUCAGCUGUACUUAAUGACUUCAAAGUAAGAAUAAUGGAAAAUCUGGAAGAUGCACGAGACCGAAUAUAUUCUAUGGACAUAAAGAAGGAAUGUCAAAGAUAUCUAGAAAAUGUGAGCCAGGCCUAUCGUCGAUUGGUGACCUGUAUUUCAGAGAAGUGGAACGCCCUCUCGGAGAUGAUCACCAGUUUUGCCGAAGAAAACGAUAUCCGAGAGUGGGCUGAAAAUGUUAAAAGGUUUAUAGAAGAAGGUUUUACCGUACAAGGAUUUAAGCUAGGGUUCCUCAACAUUCCUUCUUUUGAAGUAAGCCUCCGUGCACUUAGAUUAGCGACCUUCAAGACGCCCGACUUCGUAGUGCCAUUCACCGACCUGCAAGUCCCCUCUGUGGAGAUCAAUUUUAGGCGGUUAAGGGAGCUCGAAAUUCCCACAAGAAUUGUAACCCCGGAGUUUACUAUUUUCAACACUUACAAGGUACCUUCCUAUACAAUUGAUUUGAAUGAGAUCAAAGUGAAGGUUGCAAGGACAAUUGAUCAAAUACUUUCGAGCGACUUUAAAUUGCCAUCUCCAGAAGUAUAUUUAAAAGAUCUAAGGCUGAGUGACCUGACGAUGAAUGACAUGGGAUUCCCAGCGUUUUCUAUUCCCGAAAUAUAUGUCCCCAGUAUGCAAAUACCUGAACUACGGAUACCAAAGUUAAAUCUGAUAAACUUUGACUUUUCUGAUAUUUCGAUACCUGAGUUCCAACUCCCAAAGAUCCCUCACACAGUAUCUGUCCCUACAUUCGGCAAGCUUCACAGUUCAUUUGAAGUGACAUCGCCAUUCUUUACCAUGAAAACCUCAGCCGAGGUAAAGAACGCCACAGUUUCGGAAAACUCGCCUGAAUUUGUUGCCACUCUGUCAUCGGAGGCCACAUCCAUGAUGGAAGCUCUGGCUUUUGUGCUAGCGGCCGACGCUCGUGUAUCUGCUCCUCUCCUUGAACAACUGAUUCUUAAGGAGUCUGUGUUGCUUUCCAACAAAUAUGUUAAAUUUGAUCAUAACGGCGAAAUGACAUUCUCCAGAAAUCAGAUUCAGACCAAAAUAGGGACAAAGGCCAAUCUAAAAACAGAGAAGAAUUCAGCUGAGUUCCAAAACGACAUGUCCUUUAAGUUACAGAAAAAGUUCACAGCCGAUAUAAACACUAAAUAUUCUCAUAGACUGAAUGUUCCCCGGCUGGAGAUAACAAGUCAGCUGGAGCUACAGAAUGAUAUUGACUCGACGGUUGAAGCUGGUAGAAUCUUGUUCACAUCUGCAGGCAAAGGAAACUGGAAGUGGGCCUGCCCGCUCUUUACGGAUGAAGGUACACAUCAAGCCGACUUUAAAUUCAACCUAAGAGGACCCCUUAUUGAGAUUUCAGGAGCAAACAGAGUCAUUGACAAGUACCUUAAACUAGACCAGAGCAUUAGAUACGAUUCCGGUUUCUUAAGCUAUGUAAAUCUUGAUAUCAUGUCCAAAGCAGAUUGUCCUUACGUUGGAAACAGCAUCGUGGAAGUUAAAGGAAAAGCACAAGUCAGUGAAAUGAAAAUUGAACUCACUGCUGCCCAUAAUGCAGAAUUAUCCGGACGGGCGACCGGAACAAUAAGCAAUAGCCUAUCCUUCUUGACAAAGCCAUUUGAAAUACGCCUGUCUACUAACAAUAAUGGAAAUCUAAAGGUUAGCUUCCCAAUGAGACUGACCGGCAAGAUUGACUUCCUCAACAACUAUGAAUUCAUACUCAGCCCCAACGUUCAGCAAGCAUCUUGGCAAGUCAACGGCAGGUUCAACCAGUACAAAGCCUCGCAUGCGAUUUCACUGGGCAACAACGAAGAGAAAAUCGGGGCUUCUGUAGAAAUGAAUGGAGAAGCCAACCUAGAUUUCUUGACCAUUCCAAUAACUAUUCCAGAAAUCCCUGUUCCAUAUACCACGAUGAAAACACCUAAGGUUACUUCAUUCUCGUUGUGGGAAAGAAGCGGUCUGAAGAAUUUACUUACAACCACUAAGCAGAAUUUUGACCUGAACAUCAAGCUUCAGUACAUGAAGAACAAAGAUGUGCAUUUAAUCCCACUGCCUCUAGAAGCAAUCUACGAUACCAUAAAUUCUAACAUGGUGACGCUCAAUAAGAAAUUUGAAAAAGUGCGCGGAGCUGCAGUUAACGUUCUAACAAACUCAUACAACGGGGCAAAGGCGCAAUUUGAAAAGUACAAAAUAGACACCCAAGCAAAUAAAAUCCCAAGAACAUUGAGAAUCCCUGGUUAUACCAUACCUUUGGUCAAUAUUGACGUUUCCCCGUUUGUAGCUGAGCUUCCAGCAUUUGGCUAUGUGAUUCCCAAAGAAAUUAGGACACCAGGCUUUACAUUACCUGUACUUGGCUUUUCCAUCCCAAUGUACACAUUAGUUAUGCCGUCACUAGAAUUUUCUGUGCUUCAUGUUCCUAAUACUUUACGUAGAAUAAGUCUGCCCAAGUUGACAUUGCCCCGUUUGCAGAACAGCAUUUCUAUUCCCGCCAUGGGAAAUCUAACAUAUGAAUUUGCCUUCAAAUCCAACGUAAUUUCAUUAACCACAAGUGCAGGGUUAUACAAUCAGUCUGAUAUCUCUGCUCGCUUUAGUGUGAUCUCAACCUCUGUGAUCGAUGCUCUCCAAUUUAGCAUUGAUGGAACAUCAGGACUUACAAGAAAACGAGGACUGAAAUUAGCGACUGGCUUGGCGCUGAAAAAUGCUUUUGUGGAAGGAAAACAUGAGAGUUCCAUGUCUUUUGGAAGGAGAAACAUCGAGGCAUCUGUUGCGACCAACGGCAAAAUAAACAUACCUAUUUUACAGCUGAUAUACAACCAUGAACUGACAGGUAACACAAAAACCAAACCUACAGUCUCAUCAAAAAUGACAAUGAGCUACGAUUUCAAUGAAGCAGCAUAUGGAAAUAAUGCUAAAGGAUCUCUUGAUCACAAUCUGAACCUUGAAGGUCUCUCAUCAUACCUAUCUCUGGAGAGCCUCACAAAGGGACACGUCACUGGAACCUUUAUGUCCCAUCAACCAUUUUCUGGAAAGCUCAGUAACGAAGCAAGCACUUAUUUGAAUUCAAAUGGUUUGAGAUCUUCCAUGAAAACAGUGGGCAACGCUAAAGCCGAUGGUUUCGCAACUCUUGACGUUGCUGAAAACCUUGCGGUUGAAGCAUCAACGAGCCGCAUUUACGCCGUUUGGGAGCACGUUGGAGAAAAUGAUCUAAGGUACACCCCUGCUUUUACCACAAGAGGAAGUCAAAAGUGUAAGGCUACUAUCGAGCUUUCCUUCUGGAGUUUGCUCUCGAACGUGCAGCUGCAGUUUGAACAGCCAAGUUCCUUCUUUGAUGCCGUAUCACUCAGCGAAGCUAUGACAUUAAACCUUUACCCCGAAAAGCAAGAAUUUGACUUCAAUGGACAGGGUGUUUUGGAGUAUUUUGUUGUAGCACAUAAUAUCAAGCUUUCCAAUGACCCAACGGACGCCAAAUGUGAGAUUGGUGGAUCACUGCAAGGGCAUGUCGAUGUCUUGAAGUCCAUCAUUCUGCCGAUCUAUGAAAAGAGUGUAUGGGAUGUCUUGAAGUUUGAUCUCACAACAAGUGCUAAGGAGAAACAAUACCUUAGUUUAUCGACAUCCCUAGUAUACACAAAAAACAAAGAAGGCUUCUUUUUCCCCAUUCCAGUGAACAAGCUUUCCGAUGGGUUUGUCAUUAAAUUUCCAGCGCUGACUUUGAAAUCUCCAGAAUGGAUCAAAGAUCUUCCAAACAAAAUAAGCAAUGUGGAGAUGCCAGAUAUGCCAACAGAAUUGAACAUUCCAUCUUUUAAAGUACCGUUUACAAAUCUGAACGUGCCAUCAUAUAACAUUGACCUGAGCAAUAUCAAGAUCCACAAGAAGCUAAGUACCUUGCCAUUCGACCUGACCUUACCUUCACUGCCAAAAGUUAAGUUCCCCAAAGUUGAUAUCAAUACAAAAUAUAUUACAUUAGAAGAGUACAAAAUACCAUUCUUUGAAGUAACCAUACCUCAAUAUCAGAUAACACUGGCCAGGUACACACUUCCGAAAAGUUACUACGGCUUGGAUUUCAAUAGCUUGGCCAACAAAAUUGCAGACAUCGAUCUACCUACGAUCGAAAUUCCAGAGCAGAACAUAGAGUUUCCACCCGUUAAACUAAAUCUACCUGCCGGUCUGUUCAUCCCAGCAUUCGGGUCUUUGUCUGGAUCCGUGCAAUUGAACUCACCAAUAUACAAUCUUACAUGGACCACCAAGCUGGCAAACAGCUCUGAAUCCCUAGUUGCUUCUAUUGAUGCUACAAGCAGUUCAACUCUUCAGUUUUUGGAAUUUGAUCUUGAAGCUUCCGCCACAAGCUCUCUAGUAGGAAAAGCUUUAAAUUUCAUUGGGAAAGGAACUCUUGCUCACCCGGACUUGAGCAUAGAUUGGCAACAGGAUAUUUCCUUUAAUGGUCUCAGGUUCCCUUCUCAUAAUGUUCUAAUAGACGUAAGAAGCCCAACUUUCACAAAUGUACAAAUACGUUGUCAGCGGGAGAACAACAAGCUUUCCUCGUCUGUGACCUGUACAUCGACUGGGACUUUGGGCCUUGUGAUUGAGAAAGAAGACGCAAUAAUUAAAGGCAAAGUCUAUACCCGGUCUUUGACAUCUACUGGAAAAGAUAACCUGUUGAUGAAAGGUGAAAUAUCGUUAAAAAACCCUGAGAAGAUCCAAAACAAGUUUAACUGGAAAGAAGAUGCAGUUCAAGAAGCACUUUAUGGUUUGAAAGAAAGGCUUCCAAAGAUGUCUGAUGCGGUCUAUAACUGUUUCAACAAGUACCACACUGAACACUUUGGGAUGGAUGUCAGUGAUGCCCAUCGUAAAAUGAAAGAGCAUCUCCAGUCCAAGAUCACGUCGACCUACAGGUCCACUGUCAACCAGAUCGAUAAGAUUGAAUAUGAGCUUCAGUCUGCUGCCAGACACGCCAGCAGCAGGUAUUCAGACAUCAUGAAAAAUGCUAAAAAAAUGUAUCAAGAUCCAGCAAGUACAUUUCCCAAUUACGAUGACGUGAAAGCAAGGUUUUUGGAUAAUACAGUUCAGGUUUUGAGAAGGUAUCAAAACACAGUAAAAGACCUGAUUGAUGCGGCUAUUGAAUUUCUCAAGAUGACGAGGUUCCAGCUCCCGGGACAAACGCAGAGAUACACCGGCGAAGAACUCCUGUCCAUGGGUGUGCGAAAAGUAAUGUCCUGCAUUGACCACUGUUACGAGAAGAUCCAAAAACUGUUUGACGCAUGCAUUCAGUCACUCAAUAAUGUAAAGUUCGAUAUACCUGGUACGCAAAUAACCAUUGAAGGCACGCAGAUACUUGCAUCAAUCAAAAACUUCUUGAAAGAGCUCAAUACUAUAAUCAGGGAUGUGUUUACCGAUAUUCAGAAUGCAAGCUUAGAAAAAACCCUCAAGCAGCUUCAGAAUGUACUCCAACAAGUUGGCCAGAAAUCAGAAAAACUCAUUGAAGCCAUGCAGUUCCGGAACUAUGAAGAACUGAAAGCUCAAAUCGAACAAAUGUACAAGGAUACCAUCAGCUCUGAGUACGCAAAGAAGCUGAGUUAUUAUGCAGAUAGGGUCAAGAAGAUUCUUCAACAGCUCCAGACGGUUUUGCAGAGCGGAUACGAACAGUUGUCGGAGAAGUUAGAACAGCUGCUCAUCUACGGCAAGGCCCUUCGUGAGGAAUAUUUGGAUCCAAAUAUCGUCGGAUGGUCGGUUAAGUAUUACGAAAUUGAAGACAAGAUUAUUCAGCUAGUGAAAAACAUCAUUAAUUCAUUAAAGGAACUGCCUUCAAAAUAUGGUACAAGUGUAUCUGAAGCUCUAGAUAACGUGAGAGGACUUCUAACCGAGUAUUACCAACAAGCUGGAGAUGCCGAAGACCGCGCAAGAGAAAUGUUCAAUAGAAUGUCCGUAUCCCUUAACGAAAAAAUCACAGAAUUGUCUAAUAGUGCGAGAAAGGUUGCAGUAGAACUUAACCAGGUUCUUAGUUCUAGACUGCAAGGCGCCUAUGAUAAGUUUGCUAAUUCAUAUGAGAAGUUUAUUGUUGAAGCAAAUCGGCUAAUUGACCUUGUCAUCGAAAAGUACAACGCCGUGAUAGAAUUUAUCAUGCAGGUUCUCCAGGACUUGGAGCAGUCUAGCAAUGAAGUCGUGAAAACAUAUAUAUCAACUCGUAAAGGCGAGCUUAAAAUUGACGUUCCUCAUCCGUUCAACUGGAAGUCGUUUGACGAAAUGCCUGAAUUAAGAGACGAUAUCAUAAAUAAGAAACUGGAAAUUGCACGUUCAGUGGUAGUCGAUGGCAUCGAAAGAGGGUCCAAAAAGUGGGAAGAACUGCAAAGCUUCAUUGAACAACAGCUUAAAGAUGGAAAACUGACCGCACAGCAGAUCAUCGAAAACAUCAAGAACUGGGAAAAAAACUGAAUGGACAUUUUGUACUAUAGUAGCCAAAAUAGAUUUUUACGCUGAGAAAAAAAAAUAACAAUCAGCCUAUAUUAACCUUUUUAAUACUUAUGUUGUUUCUUUGUAAAUGAAAAUAAAAUUGUCUAUUUCUUUGCGGUUAAAAUGAAUAAACAAAAACGAAAACAAUACAUUUGGCAUUAUUUUUAAUGAUGAUCUAUCCCCGUUGAUUGCAUUAUGCAGAAUCGUGAUUAAAAUGACACAUAAUUACAAA